CAGCUGCUUCUUCUUGGCUGAUUCCAUUGGUAGGAGACCCAGUGUCUGGACAGAGCUGGGAGCCCUGCCCAGGAGGGGACAUAGCACUUAUGCAGGGGCUGAGGGACCAGAAAGGGCCACAUUGCAGGUGCAGGGAACAGGUGUUAUGAUCCUGGCACCAGGAGCCCAGGUGUGAGUCAUGGAGUUUGUGAAAGCUUUGAAGAAGGUGGCCAGUCUCCAGUGCCCAGGUCUAGCAAGAGAGGGAACAGGGCCUGGGGUGCCUCAGCCCAGGGAGGACGCCAAGCAGGGUGGGGCCACUGUGGGUGUUUCUUGCAGCACUGGCCUGGUGACAAGUAGGGCUGGCAGUAAGGGGCACAGGUGUGGUGUUCCCAGUGCCCAGAUGGAUUCUCCUAAGCUCACCCAGCUCCUCUCUCACACGUCACCAAGUACCCAUUCAGUACAGCUCCUUGUAAAGUCCAGGCUGAUGGCAGGUCUGAACGUGUCCCUUUCUUUCUUCUUUGCCACCUGUACCUUGUGUGAAGUGGCCAGGAGGGCAUCCAAAGCCCUGCUCCCGGCGGGCACCUAUGCUAGCUUUGCCCGGGAAGCAGUAGCUGCAGCCCAGCUGGCAGCCUGCUGCCUGGAGAUGCGGGUGCUGGUGGAGCUCGGCCCCUGGGCCGGCAACUUUGGGCCGGACCUGCUGCUGACCCUCAUUUUCCUGCUCUUCGUGGUUCACGGGGCUACGUUUGACGGGGCCUCAGCCAACCCCACCGUGGCCCUGCAGGAGUUCCUCAUGGCGGAGGCAUCGCUGCCCAGCAUGCUGCUGAAGCUGGCUGCCCAGGUACUGGGUGCACAGGCCGCCUGUGUCCUGACCCGGCGCUGCUGGGCCUGGGAGCUCAGCGAGCUGCACUUGCUACAGAGGCUCAUGGCUGCACACUGCAGCUCGACCCUGCGCACAUCGGUUUUCCAGGGAGCUCUGGUGGAGGGCGCCUGCGCCUUCUUCUUCCACCUGAGCCUACUCCACUUGCGGCACAGCCUCCCAGUCUACAGGGUGCCAGCCCUGGCUCUGCUGGUCACCGUCAUGGCCUACACAGCUGGACCCUACACAUCUGCCUUCUUUAACCCUGCCCUGGCUGCCUCUGUCACAUUCAGCUGCUCUGGAAACACCUUGCUGGAGUAUGCCCAGGUGUACUGCCUGGGUCCUAUGACAGCUAGAUGUCCAUGUGAACGAGGCCAGACGUCAACUUUGGGUGUCAUUUCUCAGGGAUGGUCCUGGCUGGCCUGCUCCAUCAGGGCCACCUGCCUCGCCUUUUCCACAGAAACCUCCUCUACCGACAGAAGAGCAAGUACCGAACUCCCAGAGGGAAAGUGGCCCCAGUUUCUGUGGACACCCAGAAGCCCACAAGGGGCAAAGACCUGGUACAAGCCAGGGCAGUAGCCACUGGGCUCUAGCUGAGCCGCCUUGCUCAGUGAGGCACCCUGAGGAUUUUGACCCUGGAUUGUCCCUGGGACUCCUGGGCUCCACUUCACAGAAACCAUUUGCCAAUAAACUAAUAAUAAGACACACCUGUCUCCCUGGGCCUGACAGAGGCUUCUGGAUGGACAGGUAAGGGUAAG